AUGGAUGACGAGCGAAUGAUCCACGAGGUGCAGCUUCGCAGCGUCCUGUACGACGCUACGCACCCGUUCUACAAAGACAACAGCCGCAAGGAGCGUGCGUGGACAGAGGUGGCAGAGGCCAUGCACGCGGACGUGACUGAGUGUAAGGCACGAUGGAGAACUCUCAGAGACUCAUUUGUGAAGCACCGCAAGAGGAUGGGCACGACCAACGAAAGCCCCUCCACCUGGAAGUACGGAGACAUCAUGGCCUUCCUCAUGCCCUUUGUCGCUGUACGAAAACGAAACUGCGCCUCUGAGACGGAAGGGGAAAGGACCCCACUGUCCACCUCCCCCCCUCCCCCCUCAGCCGCCCCCCCUGUAGCCCCACAGAAGAGACCCAGCAGGAGAUCUCGGAGCCCCAGAGACAGAGGGCGCUCCUGGUGGGGCUUGGGGGGGGGCUCGCGGGGCCAGGUCCCACAGAGCGUUUGGGAGUCGUACCACUUCUGCCUCAGCCUGGUGCCUCAGCUACAGCGUCUUAGCUGGAGGAGGAGGAACUCUGCCAAGAUCCACAUCCUGCACCUCCUGGAGCGUCUGCAGGAGGAGGAAGAGCAGAGGAGGUCCACCAGAGGGGAGGAGCGGCCGCGCACAGAGACAGGCCAGGGUGUGCUGGAGCAGCUGCUGGUGGAGGACAGUAGCUUCUCGUCUCUGAUUGGUCUGAGCCGCUGUCAGUUUGAGGAAGUUCUGAGGCUGGUGGGAGAGAAGCUCACUCUGCAGGACACCAACUACAGGAAGUCUAUCCCAGCGGCCACCAGGCUCUGCAUCGGGCUGAGGUUCCUGCGGUCCGGACAGCACUUUCAUGCGGUGGCAGAGACGUUCCGUGUGGCGCUCUCGUCUGUAUGUAAGAUCGUGCCUCAGGUGGUAGCCGUGCUGUGUAGCGACCUGCAGGGGGAGCUGUGUCCUCCCAGCUCUCAGCUCUGGACGACCACAGAAGAAGAGUUCAGGCGCCGCUGGGACUUCCCCCUGUGCUGCGGAGCCCUGGACGGACGCCAGGUGCUCCUCCGCUCUCCCCCCUGCUCUGGCUCUCAGAGUUCUUCUGUGGUGAUCCUGGCGGUGGUAGAUGCUCGUGGUCGGUUCCUGCAGGUGGAGGUGGGGGGUCUGGGUCGUGUGAGUGACGAGGGCCUCCUGGAAAGCUCGAUGCUGGGGCAGGCUCUGUGUGAGAACAGACUGCUGCUGCCGCCGCCUGCCACGCUGCCGGGGGGCGCCCACCGGGGGCUGCAGCCACAUGUGUUUGUGGCGGACGACAGCUUUACGCUGCGCUCCAACAUCAUGAGACCGUUCACAGGACAGGCGAAGCGUCAGGGGCCCAGGAGGCGGGUCUUCAAUCUGAGGCUAACCCGAGCCCUGUGCCCCGCUAACACCGCCUUCAACCGCCUCGCCAAACACUGGGGUCUGUUCCAGCGCACUCUGGACGUCAGGCCCGAGAGCGCACAGAUGUGUGUGCGCGCUACCUGCCUGCUACACAACCUGCUUCUGAGGGGGGAGGGGGAGGAGGAAGAUGAGGGGCUUCCGGGAGUGGACUCCAUGAAGUGGGCGGAGCCAAUGGGAGAGGAGGAGUUGACAAAGUUGGCUGCAGACACUAAGGAGGAUCAUGUGGGCGGGGCUUCAGCCUCUGUGGGCGUGUCCUCAGACAGGUGCUCCAGUCUGAGCGCGGGUUGCCUGCGGCGCCUGGAGCGCGGCUGGGCGCACAGAGCGUCCAAGGAGGCGCUGCGUGUGCGUGAUACGUUAGCGGCGCACUUUUCUGUGCCUCCGGAGCGAAUCCUGCUAAAGAGGGAGGCCGAGGAGGAGCACCCCCUGGAGGAGGAGCACCCCCUGGAGGAGGAGCAGAGGGUGAAGCAGGAGGAGAGCCCCCUGGAGGAGGAGCAGAGGGUGAAGCAGGAAGAGCGCUCCUUGAAAGAGGUGCAGAAGGUGAAGCAGGAGGAGUGCCCCCUGGAGGAGGCGCAUAGGGUGAAGCAAGAGGAGCGCCCCCUGGAGGUCACUGUGUCUGUGCUGGGACCUCACAUCAGUGUGGAAACCAAGGGGGCCGCCCCAAGAUCUGAGGACAUGGACCACGACGAAGACUGGCCAGACCUGGACCUGGACCUAGACCUGGACCAAUAG